CCCCUACUUAAAAUCCACCUGCCACUUGGAGAGGAAAGUAGUUGAGUAGUUGUAGUUGGAUUACAACAUGGCAGGGUUCUAUUCUAGUGAGAAGAUGACAGGCCUGUUCGCCUAUGAAAGCUCCGAUUUGGACUGGUGUGAGGAUAACUACAGGCACUCUGAAAACAUAGUGGAGUACUUCAACACUAUGAGCAGCCUGUUCUUCUUCGUGAUCUCCCCCAUCAUGCUGUACCUGCUGCACCCCUACGCCAGGGAGAGGAACCUAGCGGUACACCUGGUCUGGACCAUGAUGAUCUUUGUGGGUCUCUUCUCUGCCUACUUCCACAUGACCCUGAGCUUCAUGGGCCAGAUGCUGGAUGAGCUGUCCAUCCUGUGGGUCCUGGGGCUCUGCUAUGGUCUCUGGUUUCCACGGAGGCUCUUCCCCUCCUUCAUCAAGGACAGGACAACUUUUUCCCGGCUGGUCAUGAUGAUAACUGUUGUCACCACCCUAUGCUCCUUUGUCAAACCCACUGCCAAUGCCUACCUCCUCAACUGCUUUGCCCUCCACAUCAUCUACUCAUUGGGUCUGGAGAUGAGGAUCUGUACUGACCCGAAGGUGCUGCGGUUAUGCUGGUCUGCUGUUGGCCUGUGGGUGCUGGCCAUCUCCUGCUGGAUCAGUGAUCGUUUCGGAUGCAGCUUCUGGCAAAAGCUUAAUUUCUGUUACCUGCAUGGCAUCUGGCACAUUCUGAUUGUGAUGGCUGUAGCCUACGCAAGCACCCUGAUAGCCUACCUGGAUGCCAACUAUGAGAUACCCUCCUCCCUGCCAAGCCUUCAGUACUGGCCCAAUGACAACUGGGUCCUGGGGUUGCCUUACAUUGUUCUGAAAGGAACCACCAAGACUCAGAAAAUAUUCUAAAGAACAUUCAACUUCUGCAAGAGAUAACUUGAAGGCUUUGGUGAUGAAAUGUGGUCUAUAGUGCCAUGCAGAGAAAGUGUAAAAUGCAGUGCCUUUCUUUGUACUUAGCAGUGACUCAGUUUGAGAAAUGGCUGCAAUCCAGUGGUUUGCUUCUAAUUUUAUAUGAUAAUAGAAUCAAUGCCACUCAGGUCAUUAAUGUGUGUAUGUUUGUAUGCAUUUUGUGUGAAUUUUGAUAAAUUCACCCAUCUGUUAUUUGCAUUCAUACAAAUGUAGGAUCUUAAUUUGAUCAAUAUUGUUUUUUGCUGAGAUUUUCCUGCAUUGCAGGAAAUGCAGAUGAGCUUCUUGGUUCACAUAAAUUCACUGAAAACCAACGGUUAUAUUAACAGUAUUUUGAUUUUCAUGUAGCAUACUUUUGGCCAGCAUAAUAGCCUAACCACCGAUCAAGCAACAUUAUGGACUAAACGUUAAAAUCCUAUUACUGCAGGAUUAUUUUGCUGUUACAAUAUAGGUCAAAUUAAGAUCCUACAUCUGUAUGUGCAAGGAUAUUCUCUGCACAUGGUGAUUGUAAAAAAAAAACAUGUUUUUAUAUUUAGCUGUGUUUUGGUAUGAUUACAUGCUUGUCUUUAUAGUGACGAGUACUGAGAUACUUUCAACAAAAAAGACAGCUUUGUUUAAAUGUGGGGCUGAAUCACAACCACAUUUCAGGGGGCUUGUAGAGUUUGUUUACAUAACCUACACCCUUUUCAGGGAUAAAUAUCACAUUGUGUGUGAACUGAACUAAACUAAGUCAUUUUAUAACAUACAUGUAUUAAUUUAAUCUCUCUCAGGUUUUUCAAAUAGUAUUACAAUGUUAUUACAGAAACUGUUAGGAACAUGUCAAGUUUUGUUAUGUGUGGGGUUCUACCUCUAUGAGAGCAAUUACAUUUUUAUAUGAAUAAGAUUAACAGUUUGUGCAUUACUGAAAUAAAUGCACUGACGAAUUUGAGACAUUUAACAGAAUGUAGUUCUCUCUUUUGAUUGAAAAAAAGAAAAGUUCCUAUGAACAACGUGCAGGGUAGCCUAGUGGUUAGAGCAUUGGACUAGUAACCGAAAGGUUGCAAAAAAAUGACUUGUGUCAUGCACAAAGUAGAUGUCCUAACUGACUUGCCAAAACUAUAGUUUGUUUACAAGAAUUUUGUGGCGUGGUUGAAAAACAAGUUUUAAUGACUCCAACCUAAGUGUAUGUAAACUUACAACAUCAACUGUAUAUAUAUAUUUUUUAUCUACCUAUUUUUACUGCUGUGUUUUGUAUUAGAAUCCUUACUAAAAUAACACAUAUUUGGAAACCCACCAGAACUCCCUCCUAAAGAUGUUAAAUAAUUUGGUACAUUGUACACAUGUUUUCAAAUUCCUAUCUGGUCUGACACAAAGAAAUUGGCAUGAACAUGAUAUUCAUAAACUGUCAGAGGCAACAGUGACAUCUCGUGUACAGACUAACCAUUGGGCAAAAACUGGUUGAAUUAACAUUGUUUCCACAUGAUGUUGAAUCAAUGUGGAAACUGAUUGGUUUUGCAAAAAGUAAUCCAUGUAAGGGCAUUUUGUACUUUUUUUUUUUUACCCAACUGUUAACCUAGAUCCAAUGGCAUAGUGACAUUUUGUGUUGAUUUCAAGUUGAAUUCAUGUUAGUUGACAACUCAACCGAAUGUAAAUCUAAACUAGACGUUAAACUGAUGUCUGUGUCCAGUGGGUACAGUAUUUCUAAAAUGUUAUUUUGUAAGCUCUGUAAAGUUGUAAAUAUGUAACAACCAUUGACUUACAUAUGGCUAACAACAACCCCUAUGAAUGAGCUACACUGAGUGUACAAAACAUUAGGAACACCUUCCUAAUUUUGCAUUGCACCACCUUUCGACCUCAGAACAGCCUAAAUUCGUCGGGGCAUGGAUUCUUCAAGGUGUCAAAAGCGAUCCACAGGGAUGCUGAACCAUGUUGACUCCAAUGCUUCCCACAGUUGUGUCAAGUUGGCUGG